AUGGCUACCAUACUGGACGACGGGUGUAAAUUUGUGGAACUCGGUCCGGUUUCAACACAUGAUAAAACAUUGGCUCGGGAGAAGGAAAUAGUAACCUAUCUGAAGAAACUCCGAGCAGCAAAAGACAUAACAGAAUCCGAGUUUUUCCGAAUCAAGCCUAUCGGUUCGGUUCGUCCGCGCAUGUACGGCCUCCCCAAGAUACAUAAACCAUCCUGCCCGCUUAGACCAAUACUCUCCAUGAUAGGAUCGCCCCAAUACGCUAUAUCCAAGUGGCUCUGCGGCAUGAUACAACCGGUAUUAGAGCAUUAUUGUAAACACAACGUUAAGGACACGUUUGAAUUCGUUGAAAUCCUUCGUGACAACCCUAUUCCGCCUACUGCCCAUAUGUGCUCUUUCGAUGUUGUAAGCUUGUUUACAAACGUACCACUAGACGAGACAAUAGAUAUCUGCGCGCGAAGACUAUACCACAAUGAUGAUGACAUUGAUCUUCCAUGGUUACCGGAGACAGCAUUUCGACGUUUGAUGCUGAUGGUGACGAGUGGCGUAGAGUUCUCGUUUGGUGAUGUUAUGUAUAAGCAGACAGACGGUGUGGCGAUGGGGUCUCCGUUGGGCCCGGUACUGGCAAAUGUCUUCGUUGGAUAUUGCGAAUCGAGAAUGGACAAAAUAAAGUGGCCUCAGUUGUACGUUCGAUUUGUGGACGACUCAUUUACCUAUUUCGAAACAAGACGUGACAGUGAAGCCUUUCUAGAUGAGUUGAAUGAUGUCCACCCUGCAUUACGCUUCACAUGUGAACACGAGGAUUGCAACAAAUUGUCGUUUUUAGAUGUACUCGUGGAAAAGACAUGUGAGGGUGUUGUGACAUCGGUGUAUCGUAAGCCUACAUUCACUGGUCAGUAUAUUAUGUACGAUUCAUAUUGCUCUUCGCAAUACAAGACCAAUCUAGUCCGAAACUUAGCUGACAGGGCAAGACGCAUUUGCUCCGAGAGUAAACUGCAAGCAGAACUUGAUUUCCUUCGCUCUGUCUUUCUUAAGAACGGGUAUCCAGGAUCACUGUUAGCGAAACUACUCACGAACAAUGCGCCCCGUAAGGAACUGACAAUCGGCCCGGCUCCUUGUCGUGUCUUCCUGUGCCUGCCUUGGAAAGGCGCGGAGUCGACAAAGGUCAGUCGUAUUGUCAAGUCUAUUGUCCAGAAGACGUACUAUGCAGUGAAUGUAGUAACUGUCUUCACCACGAUACGUUCGUUCACGGUGUUGAAGGACGUCCUGCCGACCCAUCAUUUGAGUCACCUCAUUUAUCAUUUUGAAUGCCGACAGUGCGGUAGUCGGUAUGUUGGCAGGACGCUUCAACACUUGUCCGAACGUAUCAAACAACACGUCCCAUUGUCCUUGUUGUCAAAAGCGGCCAGGGCAGGCAGGCCAAAGCGUGGGAGGCCGAGAAAACACCCGUUGCCUACUACUACGCCUGUCAGUAUUACAACACAACCGGAAACGGAUACAACACCGGACUCAACAGUAGCGCAACACACGAAUCUGGUGUCACUCUUGACGACAACAACACGGCAUGGGAGACCACCGGACGAUCGUUCGUUAACAAACCUGACGGCGGUAACGGAAAGAUCACCAGGAGAACGAAAUGAAAAUGGAGGAAAAACGAAUCUGAGGAGAAGCCAGAGACUAGCGGAGACACGACUGAGAAAAAUGGAGAAGGCGGAACCAGUAGUGGCAGGUGAAAGUACGGGCGCAGCAGUGAACACGUCAAGGAGAAAGAAGCGAUGGCAUGAGGAGAUGGAGAUGGAGGAUGAUGAUGGGGAUGAACAGGAUGGUCAGGAGGAAAGCAAGGGUGAGCGGGAGCAGGAAGUGGAGGAUGAGAGUGAUACGGACGAGGAGGAGUUCGACAUCGACAAGAGCAAGUCUGCCAUCUACAAGCAUUUGGUGUCCAGUCCGGAUUGUCCCCUGUCGUUCCCCAAGGCACAUCAGCAAAACUCCACAGGUACUGGACUGGACCCUACCAGGUAACCCGUGUCAUCGAUGACAUCACCAUCCAAGUUCGGGAUCCAAACACACUCCGUCGCCAGGUUGUACAUGCUGACCGUCUCAAACGCUUUCUUCCACGUCCAGAACCACCGCCGAACCAAAUUCAGUAUGCGCCUGUCAUCCACCCUCCAGAUCACGAUCAACCCGUUCUGUACUUACUGAGGUGUGGUGAGCCCAUAAGUGGGAUCAUUUUCAAGUCCACCCAGAGUUUUGGGGAUUUCAGGGGGUGUCGGCCGUUGGGCGGUUCAAUAGCCAAUUGAGUCAUCUUUCCAAGAUUCCUUUUGAGUCUCUCUCCCCUCUCCCGGGGAGACCCACGUGACCAGUUUUGGCAGUGUGCAACAAGUACAAGUACAAGUGUGUGUGUGUGUGUAUGUAUGUCUGUGUGUGUGUAAGCGAUGCGAACAUUGCAGGCACAUUCCCUAGUUGCGCACCAGAGCAGCAUAAAGCUGAGCGUGUCCCUUUUAAAGAACCAUUGCUAAGUGCCGUUCAUGAAGGCAUAUAAUGUGAUUCACUGCUGAAUCAGGACAAUGAUUCCAGGAUCCUGACUCAGAGUGAGACAACCAUGGGUCCACGUACAGGCAAGACAAUGUUUGCCGAUCAGGACUAUGAUGUUUUUUGCAAGGAUCUCAUUUCUUAAACUUGUCACUGGCACCCUACUUGACCCCAAGUUUUCUGCAUUUCACCUCUUCUCCCUUUGUUUCGGUUCCCGGCGGAGCUUGCGUGUGCAUACAUGCACCCAUGUACGCGGUGCGCGCGCGUGCACACACACACACGCACACACACACAGCAUAAAAAUGGUCAAACAACA